AUGGGCGUUUUAGAAGUAUCUAAUAUAUCAUUACCUGUUGGUUUUGCCCUAAUAUGUUCUGCUUGUAUUGGUUCUGGCGUAUUAGUUUUAAGCUAUGGAGUGAUGCAAGCUGGUUUAGUUUUGGGAAUUUUCUUUAUGAUUUGUGCUGCUAUAGUAGGGUGCUUAACUGAGUCUAUUUACAUUGCUACAGCUUUCAAACUUAAAGUCUUUGAUUUGUCAAGUUUAAUUGCAGGAGGAGUUACAUAUACCGUUAUCCGAGAAAAAAGACAAAGUAUGAAAAAGAAGAAGAUAGCAAGGAAAUAUAUAGAUAAUCAUCGGAAAUUUCAUGAUAUUGAACAAGAUAGUUUUAAUUCGACAUAUUAUAAACCGAAAUUAAAUUCAACUAAUUUAGAAAACGAAGAUAUUAGACCAAAUUGGGAUGAAGUAAAUGUAAAUUCAAGGCUUCUUAAACAAAAUUGGACUGAUAUUUCGGAUAUUGAUAGUGGUAUGAGUGAUAUAGAAUGUGUUAGAAAUGUUUUAACUGAAAAUACCUUAUUAUGUUCUAAUUUUAAGUCUGAAUUAAAGAGUCGUAUUAUGCGACACUCUAAAAUUUUGAACUGCCUAAUAAUUGUAUUGAUUACUUAUUGUAUUCCAAUAUACUUUAUUUUAUUUGGUGAUUAUGUUGAAAAUCUAUUAGCUCAAGCUAUACAUAUACUCAAAAUACAUUAUCCAGAUUUUAGCUUAAGUUGGUACUUAAUAACAGUAAUGAAUUAUUUGCAAAAUCGUUCCGUUAUAUAUGGUCUUUGUUUUCUUUUUUCAAUAUAUCCAAGUUGUCAGAAAGAUGUAUCUAAGUUAGCAAAUUUAGGAUGGUUAUCAGUCACUUCUUUUUUUGUAUUUCUCUUAGCAGUUUCAUAUAGAUAUUUCAUUUCACCAUUUACUGGCCCUUUACAAUCAGAGUCAAAACCUUAUGUACUUGGUCCACACAUGGGUUUUUUAUCUGCACUAAAAGUUUUGAAUUAUGCAAUUUAUUGUUUUUAUGCUCACUUAAUUUGUGUACAAACUAUAACAUCAUUAAGGAAUCCAACUAUUAAGAGAGGGAUACAUGUAAUUAUUGCUUCAGGUAUAUUUAUAUUAUCUAUUUGUAUAUCUAUAAGUUUAAUGACAAAUUUUACUUUUGGUACAGCCUUAUUACCUAAUCCAACUUUAAACUAUUCACCAUAUGAUUCUAUAAUGGCAUUAGCUAGAUUACUUUCAGCUUUGACAAUGCUUACAGUAAUUCCACUACAUGUUGUCCCAAUGAUUGAUUCGUUUAUUAACCUUUGUUAUUUGGAUAUAUAUGCUGAGAAGCUAAUGUCAGAUAUUGAAGAAGCAAUGCUAUUAGUAGAUAAUGAGACUCUUACUAGGAAACUAAGUCAACAAAGUGUGAGUUCUUAUUUUACUGUUGUAGGAGAGGGAAGAGUAACUAGAUCAUCGUUUGGAGGUAGUAUAUGUGCUACAGAACGUUCUGAAAUACCGAAAACAGAGAAAUUUCUAAAGUCCUAUUCGUUCAGAGUAAUUGCAGCUAUAAUAUUCCUUUUAAUUUGUAUAACUCUAGCAUUUUAUGCAAAAAGUGCAGCUCAGUAUAUUGAACUAUUUGCUGGAUUCUUUGACACAGUCAUUAUUUUGUUAUACCCUCUUUACUUAUAUUGGAACGUAUGGAGACAUAAAAUGUCUAUGUUUGUUAAUGUAGUGAUUAUUGGUUACAUUGCACUCUAUGAAGUAGGAGCUGUUACUGCAGGAGUAUACUGCGUUUAUCAACACUUCUUCAGUUAA